UAAACACCCAGUAAUGAUUAGGAGCAGCGCUCUUGUCGAUAAAGUUAGGAGCUCAGUGAAUGUGAGACUCUGUAGCAGCGGUGGCUCAUGGGAGAUGUAGUCUGUCAGUGAAACUAUUGCUUGGCAUAGUCGGACUAAGCUCAUCAUUCCUGCUAUUUGCAGUUUGCAUGACGCCUUCCCUUUAAUGUGAGUGUAGGGAGUGCCUGUGCCGCUCAGCGCCCCUCCCCUCUCCUCAAAUGGUUCAUUCUUUGGCCGCUAAUUGAGUUAAAGGGACUGACGUCAUGUGAUUUCCUGGAAUCGGGUUACAGCGGGGAAUGGAAACGUUACACUCCAAACAAGAUGCACAUUGACGUCAGCGCAGCCUGACUGUGUGACUCAGUGUGAUUCAUCGUCCUGCUCCGGGGCUGCACAUUCCCCUCUCAGGCUACACAGCAGCAGCAGCAGCGACUUGUCUGUGCGUUUCUCUGGCCGGAGACACUUCCCAUGUGCGCUGCUUGAGGUGCUGCUACUUUCUUAGGGAAGAUGUGGGGUGAGUAAAGUCAGCCACGGGAGACAUGCCUGUGUAUCAGAUCCGCACCCCGGCUUCUUCUUUGCCCCAAGGAGUUGUUGUGUCUCCAAGUACAAACAACCUGCAUAACCCUCAGAUCAUGGCUGAAGAAGUUACCCGAAAAAGGGAGUUACGGCUACUGAAAAACCGGGAAGCUGCCCGGGAGUGCCGGAAAAAGAAAAAGGAAUACGUGAAAUGUCUUGAAAACCGCGUUGCCGUACUGGAAAACCAAAACAAGACUCUGAUCGAGGAACUCAAGGCCCUCAAAGAUCUCUAUUGUCAUAAAACAGAUUGACCCUUCCCUCUGAUGGCUAUGGACUCCUAGGCAUGAGAUGAAGCAAUUUGCUUGGCAGACUAUGAAGGGAAUGUGACCAUUGGAAACAGAACUUCUGCUUUGGGCUUCAAAUUAAAUCCGGAGUGUUGAUCCUGCGUGUGAAUCACAAUCAGUCACUGAGUGGCCUACAGGUUCAUUAGCUUUGAUGUGUGAUCCCAUGCCACGGCUCUGGGAAGCACCAACUUCUCCUGUAACAUUCCAAAAUGUGUUCUGCAAUAUAUUGCCACUAUUGGUGGAAAUAAUAAAAAGCCACAUGUUGAGUAGAUGGAUAAUUCUGUAGCUGUUUCACACUAGCUUUUAUUUCAUUUAAGGCACUCUACUGUAUGGGGUUAAUGGGUUAAUUAAGGCAUUCUAAAGGGCAGAUUUAUCAACAGGCAUUUUUUUUUUAAUUAAAAAAAAAAAGCCCAAAAUUAGAAAAUCUCUUAUGUACGCUUAUUUAAGAAACCUCGGGAAAAUCGAAAACUUGAAUAUUAAAAAGCCAUUCAUUUUCAAAUUAAUUUUGCUAAAUCUGCCCCAAGUGUCAACCCCUAUUUUAAAGGUUCAUUGGACCUAUAUGUGACGCUGCAGUGCCUUGAUACACUGAAUCACUUGCGGAGUUUGCUGAUCUCCUAAGAUUAUAUAUUCAGGUAUGAGACCUGUUAUCCAGAAUGCUCAGGACCUGGGGUCUCCAGAUAAGGCAUCUUUCCAUAAUUUGGAUUUCCAUACUUUAAGUCUACUAAAUAGAUUUAAUAAGAUUGUUUUGCCUCCAAGAAGGAUCAGUUAUAUCUUAGUUGGGAUCAGGCCUGGACUGCAAUUCAAAACACGCCCUAGCAUUCAAGUACAAGGGGGAUAGUGGGGGCCCAAACAGCCCCCCCACCAGCCCAAUAAAUAGUUACUGUCUUACAGUAGCCCCUGGCAUUGGCCAGAUUGCCAAUCCUGGCCUGGUUGGGAUCAAGUACAAGGUACUGUAUUAUAUUACAGGAAAAAAAAUUAAUUAUUUGAUUUAAAUUGAGCCUAUAGAAGAUGGCCUUUCUGUAAUUCAGAGCUCUCUGGAUAGCUGGUUUCCAGAUAAAGGAUCCAAUACCUGUAUAUGAUAUAUAAUAUGUUUGUGUAAAACACCACACACAGAAAUACAUACGGCCCGAAACAUUCCCAAAUUUUAAAAGCCUUUUGGGCAUAUGCCCAAUCUGUUCCUUUUCCCCACCCAUAUUGUGUAGGCUCCUUCUGUUUCAAGUGUGUUUGGCCUACUAAAAAAGGAGAAAGUUGGAGGGUAUGGAAACAGCAUUUAUUUCAGUGAAUUAAGGGUGUGUUACGUCAGUGGCUUCAGUAAAGUUAAGUGCGUGCGUAUAUGUAAAUACCAAUACAUACAGAUGGAGCAGGUUUAUUUAAGCACCUGGCACCCAAAGCCACACCCUCUUUAGCAUUAAAAAGGCUGUUGCGCUGAAUGCUCCAGAUGCAUCAAUGAAGCCUGUUCCAUCUGUGUAUAUAAAAUACUGUUUGUGUGUGUGUAUAUAUAUAUAUAUAAUAUUGUAAAUAUUUUGCACACAGCACUGUGCCCCUAGCAGAUCUCAGGAAGUAACUUAUAUAGAUGAUUGUAUGUUUAUGAUUCACACUUUAUUAUCUAUAGUAACCGUGAGAGAUUUUUACAAAGAAAUGAUAUAUAUAUAUAUAUAAUCUAUUUGGAGUGUUCUCUUGCUAUUAUAAAUGCAGUGGUUGCACAUUGUUUUUUAAUAGAGCCAUGUUCACUAAGGUAUGUAUGUACUAAGAAUGUGUGUGGUUUCCCUUAUAUGCACUUCUUCACAGAUGUAAUCUAUUUUUGUUUCUUUACUGCAAAUGUUGAGACGUGUAUUUUUAUGUGAAUUGCAUUUGCCGUUAUCCAACGCACACAAUUCGCUAAUUAAAAUCUAAGCAAAUGUUAGAUGCCAGAUAUAUUUACUAAAAUCUCCUGUUUAAAUCUAAUCUAUUUUUUGGUAUAUGGAAUGCAUCAUCUGCAAAUUAGGGUUAUAGAUGAUACACCCCAUAAGGUAAAGUAAAGAAAACGUAAAAGCAGGAACUUACCUAUGGUGAUUAAAAUGUUAGUAAGUGCAAGGCAUUUUGGGGGAUAUUUGUCACCCACAGUAGCAAAGUCUGAAUGUGGGUAACAGAUCCCCCCCGUAUGUCAUUGCACUAAAUCAUAACCACCAAUCAUCACCCUUGCCUACAUUUUCUUGAAGCAUGAUCAGAACCAAUUCUGAUUGGCUGCUAGGAGUACCUCUGUCAUUAAAUGAUGCCCAUAAGGGCCCAUUUAUUGACAUAGGUGCUAACUUGCCCUGCAGGUCUUUGCUUUCAUUUCUAACUUGUAAACGGUUUAAAACUAAAUUUUUUUUUCUAUUUGGCAACUGCUCUUAUUCAGUUUAGCAACUAUGUUUGUAAAUCAAUCUUCUAGUCUCAAGUUUGUGUUUAGACUUUAGACUAUGGUUUAAUGUUUUGUAAGAUAUUUAUUAAUAAAAAUAAUGAAAAAUCUGUUUAUAA